GAAGGCAGCGACAGAGGCACAGCACCAGCCAGAUGCGCGCGGAGGGCACAGCAGAACAGUCGAGCAGAACGAGAGCAUGGUGGAACGCGCUUCGCGCACGGAGGGGAACGCGCUGAUUGACAGCUUCGGAGGCACGGAGCGCCCCACGCCGCACACGAACCGAGCCCGCUAAUCUGCCUGAACCGCUCUUGGCAAAAGCAUCUGUGCGAAAUAACCAUCCUCAUGCAUAUCAGCUACUAAAUUGCCGCUGACCGGAGCCUUGCAGUCAUCACUCAAUUGUGGGAAGAAAUCAACCCCACCACAUAGCAAUGUAGCAGGCGAUAGGCUAUUGCACUGUACCUUGGCUUAAUCCUUUUCACUCAAAACGGGGCAGUCUGGAAGUAACUAACUAUUUGUUUUUUUGCUUCUUCAAUACUGAGGAUAACACAUUCUUGGCACUUGCUGAACGAUUGGUGAGAGCAGUUCUGUAAGGAGAGCGCUAUUGAGUUUUUUUUAGUAGACACAUUUAUUUGGAAUAUAUUCCCGCUAUCCAAGUGACCUUUUCAUUGGAUUCUCUGUUCAUUUUCUUACUUUGACUUUCUUUGAUCUCUGAUUGUUAUAGGUUGUUGCCUGUCGAAGGUAACGGCCAAAAUUAACCGAAUUUACAACCCAGAGAGGCAAAGAAGUUAAGUUCUGUGCGUUGGGUAUGAGCUCACAAUGUGUGUGGCUGUAGCUUCCCCAUUACUCCUUCUAGAACCGUAGCCAGCCCGUGUGGUCGAGAAGUAGUUUAGCUUCUCUCUCCCUCUGUACGUGAACACUUAGAGCUAACACCCCGUUCUAUGGAGUAGAUCGUCCGGAAAGAGACUAAUAGAGCGUUCUCCUUUCCCCCCGCCUGGUACCAACAGGCGGCUUUGGUCUAAAGGUUCUCCGGAGAAUGGUAAAUGACCGACGGGGAAUCAUGAACAGCACUUCGGAACUCGAAGAUGGACCACGGCAUAAAAACCAGACGUUCUGUGAGUGUGUACCCAGCACCUCCCAGCUUAAACACCGCUGGUCAGACUCAGACACAGUCAGAGAGACCCCAUCACCCACCAAGAGGAUGAGCUGCAGCUACCUCCUGUGCACCAUCCUCCUCUUCGUCGCCGUCCUUCUGGCUGUCACGGCAACCGGCACCAUCCUCUUCAUGAACCACUACCAGGCCCCGCCCAUGUCUGACGGCCCACCCCACAUCUCAACCAAUCCGGACGAGGCCAACGCCCUGGUAACCGUGGAGAGGGGCGACGGCUCACGCAUCAACAUCUUCAUCGACCCCAACUGUCCGGACUACAACGGGAACUUCCUACGCCUGGAAGGGGUGCAGACAUCGCUGCUCCACUCGCUGACCGACCACGACACCGACCUGAAGUCCGUGAAAGGUCAAGACCGGGCGCUGCUGGUCAACCUAGCUGAGGAGGUGGCCAAACUGUCGGCCCACGCUGGUCAGCUGAAGAUGGACUACGAGUCUCUGAGACGAGGUCAGGGGAGUCUGGGGCAGGAUCUGAACACACUGCAGACAGAACAGGGACGCCUCAUACAACUACUGUCUGAGAGCCAAAUCAACAUGGUGAAGGUGGUGAACACUGUGAGCGAUGCUCUCAGCUCCAUGCAGAAGGAGACAGGGGGACUGAAGGCUCGGGUCAAGGCUGACCUACAGAGAGCACCGGUCAGAGGGGCUCGUCUCAAAGGCUGUGCCAAUGGCUCUCGUCCUCGUGACUGUGGUGAUCUGUAUGCUAAUGGUCAGAGGGAGGAUGGCAUCUACUCUGUGUUUCCCACUCACUACCCCUACGGCUUCCAGGUCUACUGUGACAUGACCACGGACGGAGGGGGCUGGACUGUGAUCCAGCGCAGGGAAGAUGGCUCGGUCAACUUCUUCAGAGGAUGGGACUCCUACCGUGAGGGAUUUGGCAAGAUCACUGGAGAACACUGGCUAGGGUUGAAGCAGAUUCAUGCCUUGUCCAUCCAGGGUAACUAUGAAUUGAGGAUUGACCUGGAGGACUUUGACAACAGUACAGCCUACGCCCAGUACGAGACCUUUGGAGUGGGCCUGUUCUCUGUGGACCCGGAUGAUGAUGGAUACCCACUGACAGUUGGAGAUUACUCCGGAAAUGCAGGCGAUGCUCUGCUCAAGCACAACGGGAUGAAGUUCACAACCAAAGACAAGGACAACGACCACUCGGAGAACAACUGUGCCUCCUUCUACCACGGCGCGUGGUGGUACCGUAACUGCCACACGUCCAACCUGAACGGACAGUACCUCCGCGGGCAGCACACCUCCUAUGCCGACGGCAUCGAGUGGUCCACCUGGACCGGCUGGCAGUACUCCCUCAAGUUCUCUGAGAUGAAGAUACGACCCGCGCGCGACGAGAGCAAAUGAGUAUAUGAGGCAAUAACAGAGGAAAGGAGUUGAAAGUGUUCAGAGUAAUAAAACCACACCCUCAGAUACUGUUUACUGAAUGACUAAAAGGAUUGACAUCUUUGAUUGGUUUACUACUAUUCUCUACUGUUUCCUGUGGAGCCCUUGUCCCUCUCCACCACCUCCCAGCCCCGCCCAACUUCAUGUGCCCCAUCCCUACCCGUAGUCCCCUAUCACCUACUAGUGUUGUGCUGAGGCUUUUUGUGCCCCCCCUCCCCCCACACACUUCCUUCCCAACAACCUCAUGACUUCACUGGAUCAGGAAAUGAGUCUGAUUCACUCUGUUCAUCACUCUUUCUAUUAGUGCUUCAUUUAUAUCUAGCUAUUAAUCAAGUAUCUGUCUAUUCCUUCUGAGCCUUGACCUUGUCCUUGACCUGUCUCCUGUGUUUGUUGUGCCCUGUAACCAGUAGUCCUAUUCCCAUAGUCCUUUGCUGCGUUGCUGCCAGUCAGCGAAGCGUGGCGUUACCGUGUGACCUUAGAACAAGUGACUGAUUCAUGAUAUGUCAGAAACGGAGAUGUGACAUUACAGUUGGAACACACACACACACACACACACACACACACACACACACACACACACACACACAAACUUACACACGCAGACACACACACACACACACACACACACACACACACACACACACACAAACUUACACACGCACACACACACACAUACACACACGCAUACAUACACGCAUACACUCACACACACAUGCAUACACACACGCAUACACACACUUACACACACACACCCUGCCCCCUGAAGCUACCAUAUGACCACAGCAAAACUCUGUCACCUAAAGUGACCCGGCUGCAUUGGCCUCCCAGCCAGAAUGUCCCAACCCACAGUACUGCUUACGUGUCCCUUUAUUUCAGAUAGCCUCGGUAGGAGGCACAACGCAAUGGAACAGCUGCACCAGUGUAGAGAGGGAAUGGUUGAAAUAAAAGGAGACAGAAGAUUGAAAGAGGGGGAGAGAGAGAGAGGGGGCGAGAAAGGGAGAGAGAGAGAGGACAGGUCAAAAAGAGGGGUAGAAGGGAAUGACUUAAUGAAAAGGAGAAAUGGGAAUAUACAGAGAAAAAGAAAGAUGAAGGAGAGGUUAUGGAGCGCUGAGGAAGAAGGGAUGAGUAAACAAGAGGGAACCGAUCUCAAUCAUCUGACUGAGGCUAUUAGGGUGCAUAUUGGGCACUUAGUCUGAUCACCAACCAAGUUACUACUUCUACAGUACCCCAGAUGGUAAGUGUGCAAGUGUGCUUGUCCUCUAAUCACUCUCCCAGUCACCCUAAGAGUCAAUUUCAGUGAUCCAUUUGAGCUCCCAGUCAGUCAGACAAACAGCCUAUGUAAAAAUUAUAUGAUGAAGGUUAUCAAGUUCCCAUUGGUAGUGGGUGAAUGUAGGAGGCAGCAGAAUGGAAAAGAGGAAAAUACAGGGAAAAGAAUGGGGUGAAGUGACAAGGUGCCACUGGUGGCCUACCAUAGAAAGAACGAGAGGAAGAAAGGUUAUUUGACUGCUAACUUCCAGAGCCAAGAGUGUCAUGACAGAGAGGGUAGUCUGUUAUUCAUCUGUUCCUUUAGGGAGUAGAGCAUGUUUUAACCUUUGCCACCACGACCACAAGGUUAAAUAGUCCCCUACAUCCCUGAGCAUUUAAAUUCUAUUCCUGUGCUUUCACAAUCAGCUGUAUAGUCCAUAGAAGCUGCUUCACACAUGGACACACACACACAUACAAACACACUGACACACAAACACACACUGACACACACACACUCUGAUAACAGUCCUUUAACGUAGUUACAUACACAUUCUGUUUUCAUCUCAUCCUUUAUGUUCAAUUUCAUCCAUAUCUCUUUUUUUUAUCCACCUCACCUCUCAUCUCCUCUCCCUCUCCUCCACUCCCCUCUCUACUCCAUCUCCCCUCUCUCCUCCUCUCCAUCUCCCCUCUCUCCUCCUCUCCCCCCUCUCCUUCUCUACUACUCUCCCUCUCUCCUCCUCUUCCCCUCUCCCCAUUUCCUUAUCUCCUGUAAUAUUUUAUGUUCUGUAAUCUAACCAUGUCUAGCUGGAUGUCUAGGUUUUCUGCUAGGGUGACCCAGGAUCUUUUCUUCUGGCUCUAGCAGAGGAACUGUUGCUGUAAAAUACAGUUUGCCGCUAUCAACCAUGAUUUUCUUUCUGAAUAGGAGCUCAAAAACUUGUCGGGAAUGGUGACAACAAAAAAAUAUGUUUUGUCUGUAAAGUAUUAUAGAAAAGAAAAAAAAGCACAACAUCAGAAGUUUUGCUAGCAAUGAAAUUGUGGAAUUCUGAAUAUUUUUUUUUCCAUUUGUGGUUUUCAUUCUGGAUUUUCUUUAGAUGUACUGAAAGCUUUAAAGAUAUGUGUAGAUUUAUUGUACAGUGUGUAUGACCUUUAGAGCAUGUCCAACUGUUUUCAUACUAUGCCAAAAGACAAAAGAGAACUCAAGCACACAGACUUUACAAAUUACAAGUCAAAAGAAGAAAAAAAAUACAAAACCAGAGCCCUUAUUUCUCCUCUUUUACCGGACUGGGCACAAGAGAAGGCGUGGCCAGCUAUAGUUUUGGGGGAGGGGCAUGUGAGAAAGAGGAGGAGUUUAGUAAGCACAUGAGGGCAUGCCCACUAUAAAAAAAACAGCACAAAUUAAUCUAAACUGAAGCGAUGUCAAUGGCACAUCUGGGGGACAAUGUGGCUCUGAUUGGCCUGUUGGACAUUAUGGGGACGUCUUUGAUCUGGUCAGAUAUUUUGGCUCUACUUGAUAUACUGGCUCUAUGGGACACACCAACUCUGGAGGACAUUUUGAUCUGCCCUUGCUGCCAGUGGGCCAACAUGCAUAGUGAUGAGCAUUUCUCCUCAGACACUGGAUUGGCUAUGUGUUUUAUCCUGGCUCUUUUUCCAGGACAGGACAAAGUGUGUGUCUGGACUGCAGCACCCACAGAGCUCCAGCUCCAUGCAGCCAACUAUCCACAGAAACCUGCUCAGUCUCAGUCAGUCAUAGAGGCUGAGUCAGUGAGUCUCAGUUCACCAGGAGUCCUGCGUUGGUAACACAGAGCAGAGUCAGAGUUCAUCCACUUCUACGGUCAGCUAGUCUGCCUCUUCUACCACUACUCAGCUACUGAAGCCAAACAUCAAAAGAACCAACCGUCUAAUCAUAUUAUCAAUGCAUUAUUAACACUAAUCACGUUACCAUGGAAACAGCAUUACAUGGGAGAGUUUGAUGACAACAAUUUGUGUUGGAGUAGAAGAUAAGAGAUGAUGAUUUCAUAGGGUAUCACAGAAGAGAUGAUUUCAAAGGGUGUUGUGCAAGUUAAAAUGGAUAAACGUAUAAAGUUUAAUGAGAUACUGGAAUGAGUCAGACUGAUGUCUUGAUGUGACUGACUGACCAGGAGGACAUUCAUUUCUCUUUCUGUGUGUCUGUGUGUGAGAGUGUGUAGGUUUGUGUGUAUGUGUGCGAUGUGUGUGUGCGUGUCUGUGUGAGAGAGAGAAAGGAACGGUAGGAAUUCAUCAAAGUAAAUGUGAUGCUUAUGUACAACUUGCCUCCCUGCUAUUUGUGUUGAUAACAGAGAGAUAUAAAUGAACCAUUAAGUCAUGUGAUAACUGAUUCCAUAGUGGCUCGCGCCCUUCUGGUUAUGUGUUGAACUGGACUUCUCAUUUGAUCCCCGACUCCCCUUCUAAUGUAAAACCUUCAGCGUCAAAUAGUGCACGUUAUACGUUUUAUCAACGUACUGUACACCCCACGCCAACCCCCACUCUCUGAGUAGUUUAGAAA